CAAGAAACCACAAAAACAUAGCACCGAACGAAACCCUUCUCCCCCAAAUUCUCCAUUCUCUUUUCACUCCAAUCCAAUACAAUCCCUUCUCUCUCUCUAAUCGACAACGCAAACUCCACCAUGGGUUCCUCCGCGAUGGUUCUCGAACCUAAACCCUCUUCAGAGCCACCACCGUCUCUCCCAUCAUCAAAAUCCGACUACCUCCUCGGCGGUUACGGCAUCGACUCCGCCGCCUCCGACGAAGACGACCUCUACAGCCGCCUCAAGACUCUGCAGCGCCAGCUGGAGUUCAUCGACAUCCAAGAAGAGUACGUCAAGGACGAGCAGAAGAAUCUGAAGCGCGAGCUCCUUAGGGCUCAGGAAGAAGUUAAGCGGAUCCAAUCGGUGCCGCUAGUUAUUGGACAGUUCAUGGAGAUGGUUGAUAGGAAUAACGGUAUCGUUGGAUCUACAACUGGAUCCAACUACUACGUGAGGAUUCUCAGCACGAUCAACAGAGAGUUGUUGAAGCCUUCAGCUUCUGUGGCUCUUCACCGUCACUCCAACGCGCUUGUUGACGUCCUUCCUCCUGAGGCUGAUUCCAGCAUCUCGCUACUUAGCCAGUCUGAGAAGCCCGACGUCACUUACAAUGACAUUGGAGGAUGUGAUAUCCAAAAGCAGGAAAUUCGUGAGGCUGUGGAGCUGCCCCUUACACACCAUGAGCUAUACAAACAAAUUGGUAUUGAUCCCCCUCGAGGUGUUCUACUCUAUGGACCCCCAGGAACUGGAAAAACAAUGCUUGCCAAGGCUGUUGCUAAUCAUACUACUGCAGCAUUCAUUAGGGUUGUGGGAUCUGAGUUUGUUCAAAAAUAUCUUGGUGAGGGUCCAAGGAUGGUUCGUGAUGUAUUUCGUCUUGCAAAAGAGAAUGCUCCUGCUAUUAUAUUUAUUGAUGAGGUUGAUGCGAUAGCUACUGCUAGGUUUGAUGCCCAAACUGGUGCUGAUAGAGAAGUACAACGUAUUCUUAUGGAGCUUUUGAAUCAGAUGGAUGGUUUUGACCAAACUGUGAAUGUUAAAGUGAUUAUGGCAACUAACCGAGCUGACACUUUGGAUCCUGCUCUCUUGCGUCCUGGAAGGCUUGAUCGCAAAAUUGAGUUUCCUUUGCCUGAUAGACGCCAAAAGAGGCUUGUAUUUCAGGUAUGCACGGCUAAAAUGAACUUAAGUGAUGAGGUGGACCUGGAAGAUUAUGUUUCACGACCUGAUAAAAUUAGUGCUGCCGAGAUAGCAGCAAUCUGUCAAGAAGCAGGCAUGCAUGCUGUUCGCAAGAACAGAUACGUCAUAUUGCCAAAGGACUUUGAGAAGGGUUAUAGGACGAACGUGAAGAAGCCCGAUACUGACUUCGAAUUUUACAAGUGAUGUUGGGGGUGGACCAUUAUUUCCAAGACUCCCGUUUUUACAUUUGAAGAAUAUUUUUAUUUAUUUCCGACGAUUUUAUGCUACAACUUGUUCAUAUUGUGUCUGUAAACUCUCUUAAACAUUUGAUAAUUGAUAGCAUGUAGUGCUAAAUAUGUUUGUUAAUGGGACAAUUUAAAAACUAAUUAUAGUUUUUAGUAAUCAA